AUGGCGGAGCCCGGUGAGAGCAGCAAGCGGCGAGACGAGGAGGGCGGCGGUGAAGCCGGAGCGGCCGGACGCGUCGCCGACAUCGCAAACGUCAAAAAGCCCGCCGGCGAGGCGGAUGAGCCGACGGUGGCGGUUCCUCGGGGGUUACACGCCAGCAGGAAAAAGUUGGUUCUUCACGUUGACCUUAACAACACCAUCCUGGUGUCGGACGCCGUGACGGGCCAGGGGACCGUAGCCGCUCUGGAAUACUUCCUCACCACUGUGACGUGGGGCCGGAUGAGCGAGCAAGGAAAAUGGCAAUGGCUGAGUGAUUUUCCCUCCCUGCUGCCACCAUGUGAGGGAGCUGUCAGUUACUGUUCCCAGUUCGGACGGGUGACAGGUUUCACCUCCGCUGCCGGAAGACGGUUUCGGGGAAUUCUGGACCAGCAUUUGAAUUUGCUCAGGUGGCCCGAGGGCCUCAAGGAAGACAAGGAGCUGGCUGUGAAGGGGGAGGAUGGCCGGCUGUACCAGUGGAUCCUGCCCUCCUUCUUUCAGCUGUUGAAGAACCUGGUGGAGGACGGGAGGGAGUUUGCUGUUCUAUUUCGUACUUUCGGCACAGACCUGCCCCGUGUGCUGAGCGCUGUGUCUAGAGCACUGACCCAGAGUGUACAUCCACUGUUCCCUGAUCUACCGGACCUGAAGUUAAGUGUGAAUGUGACCCCAGGAAAGAUCCGCUGUAGUAAAAAGGGAAUUGUUCUUAGCCGCGCUGAGGACCGCGUGUCGACCCGUGAGGGACAGAGGGGCCUCUACCAGUACCUCAGCUCCGUUCAUGGCCUGGGAGGCUUCCAGGACCACUUUGACUGGUGGGCUAGUAACACCUAUUCCAUCUCAGGAGGGAAGCCACUGUGGAUUGACCCCUUUGACCUCGACGUUCAGCACAUCUUCAUAGAUGACAACAUCAGACAAAAUGACGAGGACACCAUUGUAAAUCCCAUGGUGUUCUUUGACCCACAUGGCACCGAGACCCGCACGGCUUGUACCUCUGAGCUGUACGACAUAAGUCUGGUCCAGAACGACCUGCUCCGCGCCAUCUCUGACCCGGCCUACUUUACGCAAUGCAUCCACAUCUGCGAGGAGAACUACGAGAGGAACAUCCAGUACGGGGCGAGCUAGAACAACAAACACAUCUACCUCCCUUCCUAUCUGUCUGUUUGUCUUUCUAUCUGCCGACCUAUGGAUUAGGGGGCUGUAAAGCACUGACAUUAAAAUAUCAAUGCAUGAAAAAGAUGCAUUUAGACUGUAGUUGGGGCUAUCUGAACAGCUGUUUCUUUUUUUAACAUGGAUGUAAAUGUGUGGGAGAAGAGAAGGACUAAGAGUUCACCAAACCAUUUAUUGAGGAAGAUUCCUUGAUGUUUCUUCAUGGGAGAGAUCAGAGCGCUCUUAACAUCUAAGAGCAAGUACUUCAGAGAUUCUCUACAAGGAGACGCUAAUGAAGCGGACUGAUGUUUAGAUUUGGGAUGCAAGGUAAAAGUUACCAGUCCAUACACGUCAUAGCUAUACCAGGAUUGCUCCGGCUGAAUAAGUGACUGAGGGAUCUAAAUAGCUCUGACACAAGGAACAGCUUCCCCACACCUCUCUCUCUCUCUCU